AUGGCGGACGUCCCUCCACCUCCGCCGAGCAAGAAGCAGCGCCGCAAGCAGGAGAAAGCCCGAUGGCUGGCAGAGCGCAAGGCUGCACAACUAGCUGAGGACAACGCACCAUCCAAGCGAAAGCGCCGGAACCAGCGUCAGAGUCGCGCAAGUGCGAGUGGACCUCCGUCCGCCGCCGUCCACUACCAAGCGUGCGCGUCCGCCACUUGUGCCAAUCGAGUGGCAGGCAGCGACUGCGUCGUCCGUAGCAUCGAACCCUACGUGCACCGCUUUGCGCUGUUCGUGAAAGGCCGUUGGGCCGGUCGCACACUGCGCGAGCUGUUCGCCAGCGAGUUCCCGACGCUGUCCACCGCCUACUGCGCCCGAGCAGCUCAGCUGGGUCUCAUUAGGGUGAACGGCGUCGCGGCCGAGUUGGACGCGGUCAUCAAAGGCGGGGACUUCUUCGAGCACCUCAAGCAUCGACACGAACCGAGCGUCCAUCUGCCGGUGGACGAUGCGACCAACUCGUCCACUCUGACGUCUCUGUCCGCGCGUUGGAUACAUUUGGAGACGGACGAGUUGCUGGUGGUGGACAAACCGUCGGGCAUCCCCGUCCACCCGACGGGGAGCUACCAGCUCAACUCGUUGACGCACAUGCUGCAGCACGAUCGGCAUGGCGCUACAAAGGACAAGGAGAAUGAGGCGGAGACGACGUUGGAGCUUUUUCCAGUGCAUCGGCUGGAUCGACUCACAUCCGGGUUGCUCAUUCUGGCCAAGACGGCGAACAAGGCCCGCACUCUCACUGCCGAGUUGACCGUUACUUUGUCGGUGGACGGCGCUGGAACCCGCUCGGUGGACAAGUAUUACGUUGCGAGAGUCAAGGGCGAGUUUCCCGAUGACGAAGCGGGGUUUGCUUGGGUUGUGGGGCUGAACUCGGGCCUUGUCAAGGUCGAAAGCACAGAUGACGGCUACUGGCGCGUGGAUGCGCCCAUCGGGUUGAUGCAGCCACGACAGGGCCAUUCGCGUUCAUCGUCGAGUGCCGACUUGUGA